AUGUUCUGCAGCAAGCACAACUUCCGCCCGUGCAUGCACGCAAUCCAGCCGCGCCCCAUUCGCCAACAAAGCCUUGGCCGUGUUCUGUUUUACUCUUGGAGAGACAAUGCGCAAGCAGUUUACCAUUGUACCACGACGUACUUUAAGGACGAGGCCCAGGACGCGGACAGGCUGCAGCGCUACAGCGCAGAAAGCUCGUCUCUGCUUGUGCAGCACGCCAGAGCCAAAUUCGACCGCGCGAUGGACAUCAUGCGAACUGAAGGCAUUGCUUACGACCCGCGGCACAAAGGCGCUGUGCUUCCAUACGGCAAUGCGGGGCAACUCGCGCGGGACGCACGGCGGUUGUGGCAGCAUCUCCAGCAGGUCGUGGCCGAAGACGAAGGCUGGGUGCGCAUGAUGGACGGCGUGACAGAGCAGACGCGCCUGCAAGCGACUGAGAUGCUGCGCCGCAUUGAGCAGGCCUGGAUGCUCCAUGACGCAUUCACAGUUGGGGCGCAUAAGUAUGCUCUGCGGUGGCGUGUAGUCGGCAAGACGGUCGUGUUCAAGGUACGCUGGGUGCGGAGGGUGUUGAGGCCGUUUCGGGCGUUGGCAUAAUAGUAGCGAAGGCAGUGCCGUGCAGGUAACUGGACAUUGGGCAUUGUUCACGGAUAUUAUAUCCCUAUACGAAUGUAUUGACAAGGACCUUGGCUUAGAUCGCAUGUCUGUCAGUAUCAGCUCAAAUUUAAGAACAGCGGAACGCAC